AUGAAGUUAGCAGCAGUGUUUACCACGACGUUAUUCGUCAUUUUGCUUCGGUUUGCCAACUGCGCCUACGAACCGAUGUAUGGUGCAAAUGCAAGUACACCACCACCAACGAACAGCUAUGCAAGCAAACGUGUAGGAAUUCAUCCGACAACUACCUAUUGCCCGCAUCACUACGGAAGUGACGAAAGCAGCGAAGAACAUAUGACCGCCGUCGAUCAUUAUGUACCGAAGCAGCCGUGCAAGAAUGAUCACUGUCCGGACAAAUUGCUACCACUGUCGAUCUGCGUGCAACUACCAUCGGAUGCACCGAAGAAACUGUCCAAGAAUUUGCUGCAUCAAAUUGUGCGCUCACUUAUGGUGGACCCAUCGAAGCAUCAUCCGCUGCCCAGGACACCGUACGAACCGCACAGAAAACCCUGCGAAUAUCCGAAGAAGCCGUGCGCGUGUACCGCGAAACCGUACGUUCCGCCGAAGGAACCUUGCGACAAGCCGAAAGAGUCUUACGAACCACCAUUCAAGGUGUACGAGCCUACCCCGAAGCCUUACGUCGUAGAGAAAGAGUCUUACGAGCACCCGAAAAAGCCCUACACGCCUCAUGUCCCAUGCAAACCUACCUAUGCUCCAGAGCCGCCGAAAAAGCCCUAUACGCCGCAUGUCCCUUGCAAACCAACCUAUGCUCCAGAGAAGGAAUCCUACGAGCCACCGAAAAAGCCCUACACUCCGCACAAACCUGCUUGCAGAGUAUCGGCUGAAGUGUACGAUCCUCCAAAGAAGACAUACACGCCACAUAAACCCACCUACGGUGCAUCGGCUGAAGUGUACGAUCCACCAAAGAAGACCUACACGCAACAGGCACCACCCAAACCAAAAUACGGAGCCUCGGCUGAAAAGUACGAAGCACCCAAGAAUUCCUACGCCUCUCCAAAGGAAGUAUACUCCCCGCCGAAGGAGUCCUACGCGCGUGUACACUACGGUCCGCCUAAGGAGACGUAUGCGACGACGGAAAAACCCUGCUACAAACCCACCACUCCAGUACCGUACACCACUGCCCGCCCGAAGCCCUGUGCCACGCAUCCCACUUCGUACACCUAUCCUACCCAACAUCCAACGGUGACCUAUGCUCCGUACACCGUACCACCGCGCUAUCCUUCGUUGACGUACAACACCCAGGCCUACCCGAAGCCAGCGUACGCUCCGGCAAGCUACGAAUCUAAAGCACCUGCGCCUACCUAUCCGAAACCACAGAAAAAGCCUUGUCCCUGCACUGAUCGGCCUCGCCAUGGAUACAACUAUUAG